AUGAGGGAUACGUUCUGUCCCCGAAUACAUGGUUGCAAUUGGUGCUUCUGUUGUGGCCACGAUGGGGAUGAGAAUGAUGAACAUGCUGAAGUCAUCGUGCAUAUGAACGAUCCUCAUGCGAAUGCGCCAUUCGAUUACCCCGACAACUUCAUUAAGACAUCUGAUUACACCAUAGUCACUUUUCUACCGCUGGCUCUGCUCAUGCAAUUUCGAAAGGUGAGCAACUUUUAUUUCCUCGUCUGUAUGGUUCUUUCCCUCAUCCCCGGCGUUUCGCCUAUAAGCCCUGCGACAGCAAUAGCACCACUUGUGUUUGUCGUAGCGGUGGCGCUAGUUAAAGAGGGCGCUGAGGAGUACAAACGCCACCGGGCAGAUAACAGAGCGAACUCAAUUGAGGUGGAGGCUUUUGUGAACGGUGAGAUGGUGCGGAUCGCGAGUCGGCACCUGAGGGCGGGGGAUGUAGUGCGCGUACACAACGGCGAGGAGGUCCGGGCGGACAUUUUCCUACUUUCCUCAUCCACGGAAGAGGGACAGGUGUUCAUUGACACAUGCAACUUGGAUGGUGAAGCGAGUCUUAAAAGUCGCAAGGCGAUGGAGAUGACGUGGCCACUCUGCUCGACAGAGGCGGUGCAGACGGCGCGGCUCACAAUGCACACCACACCGCCCGACCCCGGGCUGCUGUCGUGGAACGGGAGGAUAGACUUCAACGGCGAGGAGUAUGCUGUGGAUCUCAACCAGUUCCUUUACCGUGGCUGUGUCGUGCGCAAGACGGACUGGCUGUGGGGCUUCGUUAUCUACGCUGGUAGAGACACCAAGAUGUUUCGUAACUUGAAGAAGCGACCACCAAAAUCCUCAGAUUUGGAUCAUAAGUUGAACACGUUAAUCAUCGUCGUAUUCCUAAUGCAGAAUGCUUUUCUCAUUGUGCUCUGUUCACUCGCUGUAUGGUGGAGCAAUCAUCAUAAGGACCAUUGGUACAUGCGCUGGUUUCUUGAGCAGAACAGUGAAACUGUGCUGUGGUUUCGCCGCUACGUCACGUAUUUUAUUUUGCUUAGUUACUUCAUACCAAUCUCGCUCUUCGUGACCAUCGAGGUGUGCAAAGUCAUCCAAGUGCAUUGGAUGCGGCGGGAUACCAAAAUGAUGGAGCUUGUCAAUGGAAGGUGGCGUCGCUGCGUGCCCAACACCUCAAACUUGAAUGAACAGCUCGCCAUGGUGCGCUUCAUUUUCACGGACAAAACUGGGACGCUGACAGAGAAUGUCAUGAAGUUUAAGACAGGCGACAUCAAAGGCCACACCAUUUGUUGUGACAGCUGGGCUGCAUCGUUGGAGCUGCUGGACCACAAAAGCCCAACACGUGCUGCUGCUGAGGAAUAUUUCCUUGCCCUCUCCAUUUGUCACACCGUCCAGCCGUUCAAUGACGAUAGCAAUCCACUGGGUAUCGUGUACGAGGGAAGUUCACCAGACGAGGUGGCUCUUGUCACCACUGCAGCCGAGCACGGUUUCCGCCUGGUUGAACGUACCUCGCGUUCCAUGACAGUGGAAGUAGAGGAACAGAACCGUGUGUUCGAUAUUCUCGCCACUCUUGAGUUCACACCCGAUAGGAAGAUGAUGAGUAUCAUUGUGCAGGAACGCAACACACCGCGGAUUAUCCUCUUUACAAAAGGUGCCGACAGUUCUCUUCGGCAGCAACUCUCCAAUGACAGCGAAGUGCAGGAGUAUAUGAUCGGCUUGGACAGCACGCUCACGGAGAUGGGUGAAUCCGGGUUGCGCACUCUCCUCGUUGGCGCGCGUGACCUUACACAGGAGGAGUUCAAAGUGUGGCAUGCACGCUUUAUCGCCGCGGGUAAAACGCUCGUGCGACGUAGUGAGGUGGUGGACAAGGUUUGUAUAGAGAUUGAGCGGGAGCUUCGACUUGUCGGGGCGACUGCCAUUGAAGACAAGCUCCAGGACGAUGUACCGGAAACGGUGUCCUUCUUCCUCAAUGCGGGUGUUGUUAUAUGGAUGCUCACCGGCGACAAACGAGAGACGGCCCUGACGAUUGCCGCCACGACAAUGUUGUGCGACCCGCGACGAGACUUUGUUCUGCAUAUCGACAUUGGAUCUCUUGACCCGAAGGAUGAGGCGGCAGUGCAGAAGGUUGGCGCGGACCUGCGCCAGGUAGAGCUCCACGUGGAGCGCGGGAGGGAGGAGGGUGUGCGCUGCACUAUUGUCAUAGAUGGUCUUGCCCUCGGCGUUGCGAUGACUCAUCACUUCAAGCAGUUCCUGCGGUUAUCGCAGGAGGUAAACUCGGCGGUUUGCUGCCGACUUACACCACUCCAGAAGGCGAAUAUUGUGCGCAUGUUCCAAAAGUCUACAGGUCUCACUGCAAUCGCCAUUGGUGACGGGGCGAAUGAUGUGUCAAUGAUUCAGGAAGGGCGCGUUGGCAUCGGUAUCGUCGGCCUCGAGGGAACACAGGCGGUGCUGGCAGCCGACUACGCCAUUCCGCGAUUCAAAAAUCUGCGAUAUCUCUGUGCUGUCCAUGGGCGUUAUUCAUUGGUGCGUAACGCGAGCUGUAUUGUUGUAAGUUUUUACAAGAAUAUUACGCUCUCCUUUAUUCAAGUGGUCUUUGCAUUUUACUGUGGAUUCUCGGGACUUACACUGUUCGAUGGGUGGCUGCUGACGUUCUACAACACGGUAUUGACGAGCAUCCCACCGUUCUUUAUGGGCAUCUUCGACAAGGACCUCUGCGCCGAGGUGUUGGUGAGCCGACCAGACCUUUUUGUGCCGCUCUCGCGUGGGUUGUACUUUGAUCACGUCGUCCUGCUGCAGUGGCUUGCCGAGUCGAUAUUCCACGCGUUGGUCAUAUUCUACGUGAUGUAUCCAACUGCUGUGAAACUGGACUACGAUGGCACGCGAAACAUCGGCGGCGACAUGGUAGGUACAAUGAUGCUCUUCUCACUCGUGUGUGUCGUCCUUAGUCGUUUCGGACUGCAGGUGCGUUACUGGCGGUGGAUGCAAUAUGUGGGGAUCGGCCUCUCUGCCUUGUUCCUCGUCUGCCUCCUCUUGACGUACUCAGCAAUCCAACACGUUGGCAACGCCACGCUGUAUUGGCACAUUUAUGUACUGAUGACCGGGGCCAAGUUCUGGUUGUAUGUGCUACUGUUGUUAGGGGGCCUCAUCCUCGUCGUUGACUUGCCGGUGCUCCACUUCCAGAAGCGGCUGAAGCCUACGCCGCGCGACAUAGCGGAGCAGGAGCACGAAAGGGCCCUCAAGGAGUCGGGGAUGCGCAAAGAGCCAGUAGAGAAUUCCCGCCAAGAGGAGUUGGUGUAA